ACGGCCUUCUCAGACUGUGGCAAUAAGAAAGUAGUCUCAAUACCUUGGCUUGCUAAGUACUUAUUCACGCAAACAUACCCUCGCAAUUGCUCAUCAGAUGAACAUGGUUUAGGCUUUACACCUCAAGAAGUCCGCCAAGGUCUCAACUGCCUCAACCGCGACUGCAGCAUAGGCCUCCGGUGGAAAGAUGGCAACAAGCAGUUUCGUGGGCAGGAUACUGACCAAAAGGCCACCUCCGGGUUUUCGGCCCACCCUCUUAGCGCCUGUUGGCAGGUUAACUUCGGUACUGGUGGAGGGCUUGUCAACCUGCCCACUCUGAGUAUUCGAGAGUGA